AUGGCCCCGAUUAACGGAGGAAUUGACCGACCUCGACGCAGCACCUCGACACAUCAAUUGGCCAACCAUACGGCAGCCCCAACAUCCGGAGCCUUGUCCUCUCCGUCGGGCUUGGUUGAAAUGCCUCAUUCCCCGAGCUCCGGUGACCUCGUCACUGAGAAACGCCGCUGGCAGAUGCGCUCCGCAGCUACACAUUUCAACCCCGAGAAUGCUUGGUUGGGUUGGGGCCCAGCCUCGUCGACGGACAAGUAUACGUUAGGAAGUCCUCCUCAAACUAGCCGUCUCAGCCAACAACCGCAGCCGAAUCUGCAUCCGCAUCCGCAUCCAAACCCACAUCCUAUCCAGCCUCAGCAUCAGCCUCACCAUGACUUCCACCAUAGCCACUAUCAUCGGCCAGACAACAAGCUCUUAAAGCUCCGUCAGGCUGAGGCUGGCCAACUCGACUGCUCCGUCCCACUCGCAAGUCACACAGCCUCGACUCCGCUGGCACGUGGCAAUGACUUCCCUGUCGAGCUGCAUACGCCCAGGUCUGACCAGGUUGGUACCAACAAGCACAUAUCGGCCACUUUUUUGACUUGUCCAUAG